AUGGAGAAGCAGGCUUUAAUGGGUGUGACCUCCUUGUCAUCUUUCCCAAGUUCUUCUUCUACAUCUUAUUUUACUGCCCGAACAAGUUCUUUAUCUACUUCUCCUGCUGGCCAAUGGAAAUAUGAUAUCUUUCUCAAUAUCAGAGGUGAGGACACCCGCAAUAAUUUUGUGGAUCAUCUAUAUAAUGUUUUGAAAGAUAGAGGCAUUUACACUUUUAGAGAUGAUCAAAAACUUGAGAGAGGGAAAUUCAUUAAAGAAGAGCUAUUGGAAGCCAUAGAAGAAUCGAAGUUUGCUAUCGUUGUUCUUUCAGAAAACUAUGCAUCUUCAACUUGGUGCUUAGAUGAACUUGUAAAAAUCAUUGAUUGUAGGAAAUAUAUGGGAAUGACAGUUCUACUUGUUUUUCACUAUGUGAAUCCAUCUGAUGUACGAAAACAAAGAGGAGCUUUUGCAAAGCCAUUUGUUGAAUAUGAAAAAAAGGAGAACAAAGAGAGGGUAAAGAAAUGGAGAGAUGCUUUGAGACAAGUGGGCAACCUUCGCGGAUGGCAUUUAAAUAAUUAUCGGCCUGAGUCACAUGAUAUCCAAAGCAUUGCGGGAUGGAUAUCGCUUCACUUGAAAUAUGAUGCAUUUGCAAAUAUUACUAAGGAUCUAGUAGGAAUAGAUUCUCAAGUGGUGGAGUUGCUGUUAUGUUUAGCUAUGAUGUCAAAUAAUGUUCGUUUUAUAGGGAUUUCGGCGAUGGGGGGAAUGGGUAAGACAACUCUUGCAAGGGUUUUUUAUCAAAUGGUUUCUAAAGAAUUUGAAGCUUGUAGUUUUAUAGAGGAUGUUAGGGAAAACUAUGAAAAAGAUGGUUUAGUUCCACUACAACAGAAAAUUAUUGAUCAAAUUUUGAUGGAAACAAAUUUGAAAAUAAAUGAUGAGUAUGAUGGGGUUCUCAAUAUCAAGAAUAGGUUAUGUCAUAAAAAGAUUUUACUUGUUCUUGAUGAUGUAGAUAAACCAUACUUGUUAAAUAUGUUAGCUCGAAAGCAUGAUUGGUUUGGUUCAGGCAGUAGAAUUAUCAUAACAACAAGAGAUGUGCAGGUGUUGAGGACACAUGGAGUAGAUGAAAUAUAUGAAGUUAAAGGAUUAAAUGAUGAAUAUGCUCUUCAACUUUUUUGCUCGAAAGCCUUUAAGAAAAAGUACGUCCCAGAUGAUUUUUUAAAUGUGUCUAACCGCUUUUUGAAUUAUGCUGCUGGCCUUCCUUUAGCUCUUAAGGUUUUAGGUUCCUUUUUGUUUGAUAAAAGUGUUAUUGAAUGGGAAAGUGCGUUAGAGAGGCUCAAAGAAUUUCCUGAGAGAGAAGUUCUCCAAGUAGUUAAAUUAAGUUUUGAUGGACUCCAUGAAACUGAGAAGGAAAUUUUCCUACACAUUGCAUGCUUCUUCAAUCAUGAGAGGAAAGAUCACGUUGUAGAAAUACUAGAUAAUCUUGGCCUUUACCCUGAUAUUGGAUUGAAGGAACUCAUUAAUAAAUCUCUCUUGAAAAUUGUGGGUGAAAAUAUAUUGUGGAUGCAUGAUUUACUUGCAGGAAUGGGUAGGAACAUAGUUCAUCAAGAGUGCCCUAAUGAUCCUAGGAUGCGUAGUAAACUAUGGUGUUAUGAGGACAUUGACGAAGUCUUGAAAAAAAAUAAGGGAUCAAAAGCAGUUCAAGCCAUGGAUAUUUGUGGUAUGUGUCAUGAAGAAAAAGAGGCACGUUGGGACUUUAAGGUUGUUUCAAAGAUGAACAAUCUCAAAUUUCUUAGAGUUUGUGGUAUUUUGCUUGAACCCAAACAUCUUCCUACCAAUUUAAGAAUUCUUGAUUGGAUUCAAUAUCCUUCAAAAUCAUUGCCAUCAAGUACCCAACUAGAUGAGCUUGUUCAACUUUAUUUACCACAAAGCAAAAUUGAACGACUUUGGAAACGAAUAAAGAAUUAUGACAAGUUGAAGAUCAUUGACUUGACCAGCUUUUCAGGCCUAAUUAUAACCCCAGACUUCACUAGAGUCCCAAAUCUUGAAAAAUUAGUUCUUCAAAAUUGUACAAAUUUACGUGAGCUUCACCCAUCUAUUGGAAUUCUUAAAAAGCUGAUUCUUCUUAAUUUGGGGGGUUGCAAAAAACUAAGUCGUCUUCCAAGCAAGUUUGAAAUGGAGUCUCUCGUGACCCUUAACCUUUUUGGUUGCUCAAGACUUAAGAAAAUUCCAGAUUUUGUGGGAAACAUGGAAUGCUUACAAAAGCUUUUUCUGGAUUUCACUGCAAUUGUGGAACUACCUUCAUCAGUUGAAGGCUUGAUUGGCUUGACUUCAUUGACUUUAAGUUAUUGCAAAAAUCUUGUGUGUCUUCCUAGUAGCAUUUGUAGUUUGGAAUCGCUUAAAUAUCUUGAUCUUUCUGGGUGCUCAAAAUUUGACAACUUGCCAGAGAACCUAGGGAAUGCCAAAGGCCUAAAGAAGCUUUAUUUGAGGGGAACAGCUAUAAAAAAGAUGCCUUCAUCAAUUGAACAUUUGAUAAGCCUUACUUUAUUGACUCUUAAAGAUUGUAAAAAUCUUGUUUGUCUUCCAUGCACCAUUUGUAGUUUAAAGUCGCUUGAAUUCUUUGAUCUUUCUAGAUGCUCAAAAUUUGAAAAUUUGCCAGAGAACCUAGGAAAUCUCAAAGGUCUGAAAAAGCUUCAUUUGAGUGGAAUAGCUAUCAGGGUGCUACCUUCAUCAAUUGAACAUUUGACAAGCCUUAGUUUAUUGACCGUAAGGGAUUGCAAAAAUCUUGUGUGUUUUCCUAACACAAUUCGUAGUUUGAGGUUAGGUAAUUCUCUUGAUCUUGUUGGAUGCACAAAAUUUGAGAACCUAGGGAAUGUCAAAGGUCUGUAUAAGCUUGAUUUGAGUGGAACAGUUAUAAAAGAACUGCCUUCAUCAAUUGAAUAUUCGACUAACCUUAAUUUCUUGAUUCUAAAAGAUUGCAAAAACCUUGUGCGUCUUCCUAACACCAUUUGUAGCUUGAAGUUGCUUAAUUAUCUUGAUCUUUCUGGAUGCUCAAAAUUUGACAACUUGCUAGAGAACCUAGGGAAUGUAGAAGGGUUGGAGUUGCUUAAUUUGAGUGGAACAGCUAUAAAAGAGAUUCCUUCCUCCAUUGUUCAACUUAAAAAUCUCAAAGAACUACAUAUUCAUCGAUGGAAAGGGACAUUAUUGUCAUUUGAUUCCAUGCUAACAAGUCAUGUUCUCGAGGGUCUAUCAUUGCCUUCCUUAUCUGGUCUGCAUUCUUUAAGAUAUUUGGAUCUUUGUGACUGCGAUAUGUUGUCAAUCCCCAAUGAUAUUGGCUGCUUGUCUUCUUUAGCAGACUUAAAUCUAAGUGGAAAUAAUUUUGUUUCCCUUCCUGAAAGCAGCUCUCAACUCUCUAACCUUCGAAGACUCCAUUUGGAAGGCUGCAAGAGGCUUCAAUCAUUGGAAAAUGUUCCAUCAACUAUUGAGUGUUUAAUUGCAAACAAUUAUACCUCACUGGAGAGAUUUCCAAAACUACAGAAUGCUCCCUUCGGGUCGUAUCACUCCGAGUUGUGUUUCCAAUAUCUCAACUGCCUCAAAUUGGUUGACAAUUUUCAAAGUGGCUGUAACUUGCUUCAGGUUUCUCUCUCUCUCUCUCUCUCUCUCUCUCUCUCUCUUCUAAACAUUAUGCUUUGUAUAUAUCAGGGACAAAGUGGUAGACUGCCAGACAAGUUAGAAAUUAUUAUUCCUGGAAGUGAAAUUCUAGAAGGGUUUAACCACGAAAUUAUGGGCCAUAAAGUGAACUUACAAGUGCCUUGUGGGUUUGAUGAGCUGAUGGGAAUUGCAUUGUGCGUUGUUUUUGAACGCGACGAGCCUCAUCAAUACCCUAGAGAUUGUCAACUUUCAUGUUUGUUGAACGUCAAUGGAUGUCAAAUUAAAAACCCAGAAGUGUUUAAAUUUACAGAAAAAUAUGGUAAAGUUGAAUCGCAUCACCUUUGGCUGCUCUACUUGUCCUCUUGCUAUUUGUCCUGUUACCGUGACUCUGGCUCCGAUUGGAAUAAAGCAUGUAGUCAAACUGAUGCGAACGGAUUCUAUCAACUUAAUAUUGAAAUAUCUUCCUGGAACUUGAAGGUGGAGAAAAUUGGGUUCUCUUUGUUAUCCAAUAAAACUAUGUCACAAUGCAUCAACAACAGCGGCAUACCAUUUGAGGAUCUGGGUGUUCUCCAUCAUGAUCUUGACAAUUCAGACUGCAAAAACAAGCAAAGUCUUGAUGAGGAUGACAGGGCUGGACCUAGUGGAGAAGGCUACUAUCAUGAGAAACUACAACCAAAGAAGAUUCAAAGACUCGGAGGAUUUAUGACUGAUUCUGAGGAUUCUAGUCAGAGGGAAUUUUUCAACUUCUUUGCCAUGCAAGGAGAGGAUCAAAGGUCCAAGAAACUUGAAUCCAUUCACGGAGGGAAGCAGGAUAGUUGCCAAGACAUUGAAGAUCCCAAUCAAACAAUAACACAGUUAAGCAUCAACAGCAGGACACUCUAUGAAGAUCUGGGUGAUCUCCGCCAUAAUCUUUGCAAUUCAGCCACAGAAGGUAGCAGAAAUAAGCGACGCCAUGAUGAGGAAGAUGGGGCUGGACCUAGUGGAGAAGCCUACUCUAACAACGAACCACAUUCAAAGACUUGGAGGAUGUAUGGCUGACUCUAAAGAAUUUAGUAUUAGGAAUGUUUCGACUUCUUUGCCUGAGAGUGCUACUAUAAUGAGGAUCCAAAGCCAAAGUGGAUUCAAAACUCGAAGGAUUAAUGGCUGAUUUUGAAGAAUCUAGUGAAAAUGACCUGGAAGGCUAAUCGUUUGCUGUUCAUUACCUGAUGGGAUCAAACGUCUAAGAAGCUUGAAGCCUUUGCCAAAGUGGAUAGUUACAAGAGCGUCAACGUUGAAGUAUUAGCCGAGUAGCUAUGCUCCUCUCACACUCACCUUGGGCUCUUGCAAAAGUGGUCAAGGAACCAAAAUGAUAUAAAUCCUUCAUAUCAACUUCUUCUUGUUAACACAAAGUUACCAUCCAAUGCCUCAUUUGGUUGGAGAUGUAUAAUGGAAACUAGAAAGGUUACACAGUUGAGCUACUGUUAGAAGAUAGCGAUGGAAGACAGGUGAACAUCUGGGAAGAUAGGCAGCUGCUGACACUGAGUACAUUCAGGGUGGUUUAACUGAGAAAUCCUCAAUCUGCAGCAAACUGUGUGUGAGUUGCUGGAUGAUAAUAAAAAGACCUGCAGAAGGAUUGUUCUGGACAGGUUGUUCAUGCCACAAGAAGCUGCUGUCAUUCAAAGCAUUCUGUGAAAUUCUAAAAAUUUGUAUCUUUUGGUGGGCGCAAAAAUUGGAGAUUUUUCAGUUCGGAGUGCAUAUAAUUUGUCAGACCACGAGGCAGUCUCAGGUUUAGGAGAGGCUUCAAACAAUCACACAGCUCAACAAUUAUGUGCCAGGCACUGUGGAAGGCUCAGGUUCCUAACAAGAUUAAAGUUCUUCAUGGCGGACUCUUCAGUUUAUCCUGCCAACAAAACCUCAUCUAUUUUCCAAAUGCAUCAUCUCUUCAGUAACUUGUGAGCAGUGUAAUGAAGUUCCUGAAACCACUUUACAUGCUUUGUGAUCUUGCCCAGACACCAAGAAGGUAUGGCAAUUAGUUGAAUGCAUAAACUUUAUCCCACACCAGCCUUAUCAGAACUGGACUGAUCUAUUCUCCUGGAUGCUGCACCAUAAGAAUACAUUCUCACUGAAACUAUUUCCCACUCUCAUGGCAAUUAUGGCUGCACUGAAAUGGAGAGAUUUGGGGAACCAGCAAUACAGCCAACCACUUUGGUAUAUAUAGGUAAAGAGAUGCAUGAACACUAGGCUGCAAAAUUUUCGUCUGAGAUACUGCAGAAAGUACAUCUCCUAAUAUGGAAGGUCCCUCAGUUACCUUACUCCAAGGUAAAUGUUGCUGUAAAUGUUGCAGUGAUUAGAGAUCUCAAUGUGAAUUUUGUUGCAGCUAAGGUUGAGGUGAUUGUGGGCCAAUGCCGUUUGGUGGCUCAUUUUGCAGGAUUCUGGCAUGCCCUACAAUUGUUUAACCGGUAGGGAAUUCAGGAGUUUCAACUUGAGAGCCACUUAAGUAUUGCCAAUUUGCCAUUGCUGCUUUUAACAUGGAUUCCUCCCUCUCUCUCUCUCUCUCUCCCCACCCAAAAAAAAAAAAAAGUGACCUGAAAUGCUUUGUUCAACAAAGUGAAACUAGCAAAUCUACUUUCCGAUGCUGCAAUUUUAAUUUUGUGGACGAAAGCUGUAAUAAUGCUCCUCUAGAUUUAGCAGAUCUUGGAUGUAAAAUUGGGCCACUGAGAUUUGGCUACUUGAUGAUUUUGUGAAAUGCAAUACAAAUCCUGCCGCUUUUGUUUUAAGAAAAAUACAUAUU